CAUCUUUUAGCAGUGCAAAAGCUUUAGAUGUCUCUCAAAUUCUUCAAACCCCUUUUUGAUUCUUUCCCAUGGCUCCUUCAACAACUCAAUGUGGAGCAAAAUGGUGUGUUUUUCUUCUGUUUUCUUGGUUUUUUAGCUUUACUUUGGUUUUUCAUCAGUAACUCGAACAAGGGUCUGCCACCAGGGCCUAAAGCUUUGCCCUUGAUAGGCAAUCUCCAUUCUCUUGAUCCUGAACUUCACACCUAUUUUGCAUCUCUGUCCAAAACUUAUGGCCCCAUUUGUAGAAUCUGGCUUGGUAAAAAACUUGGGAUUAUAAUUACUUCACCAGAAUUAGCUCGCGAGGUUCUAAAGGAUAAAGAUAUCAUUUUUUCAAACAGAGAUGUCCCUGAUGCUGGAAGAGAAUUUUCAUAUGGUGGUAAUAGCAUACUUUGGACACCUUAUGGACCGAAAUGGCGCAUGUUGAGGAAGGUUUGUGUUCGCGAUAUGCUUAGUUGUUCUACUUUAGAUUCGGUUUAUGCACUAAGGCAAAGGGAGCUUAGACAAUCGAUCAGUUACUUUUAUAACAAGGCAGGAUCCCCUGUGAAUGUUGGUGAACAGAUGUUCUUGACUAUUCUUAAUGUGAUUACAAGCAUGUUAUGGGGUGGUACAGUGAAGGGUGAGGAAAGAGCUAGCCUUGGAGCUGAGUUUAGGUAUGUUGUGACUGAGAUAGCUUCAUUGUGCAGUGUUCCCAAUCUUUCCGAUUUUUACCCAGGCUUGGCCUGGUUUGAUUUCCAGGGUGUUGCAAAGAAGAUGAAGGUGCUGGUAAAAAGAUUUGAUAAGAUAUUUGAGAGCAUAAUUAAUCAAAGACAAAAAUUGGACAGAAAUGGUGUUGGCCAAGAAAGCAAAGACUUCUUGCAAGUUUUGCUAAAGCUGAAAGAUGAAGCAGAUCCCAAUAUGCCUCUAACCAUGAUUGAAAUCAAAGCCUUACUUAUGGAUAUGAUUCUUGGUGGAACUGACAGUACCUCCAACACGAUUGAGUUUGCGAUGGCUGAAAUUAUGAACAAACCAUACGUCCUGAGGAAAUUACAAGAAGAACUGGAGACAGUUGUGGGAAAAGACAAUAUUGUGGAUGAGUCUCAUAUUAAGAAAUUACCAUAUCUUUAUGCAGUUAUGAAAGAAGUCUUGCGCAUACAUCCAACUUCUCCACUAUUGGUGCCGCGUUGUCCAAGUGAAACAUGCACUGUCGGAGGAUACACUGUUCCUAAAGGAUCUUGUAUUUUCAUUGAUGUAUGGGCUAUACAUAGAGAUCCUUCUAUAUGGGAAAAUCCAACAGAGUUCCUUCCAAAGAGAUUUUUGGACAAUAAAUGGGAUUAUAGUGGAAAUGAUUUCAACUAUUUCCCAUUUGGUUCUGGCAGAAGAAUCUGUGCGGGGAUAGCCAUGGCAGAGAAGAUGGUCAUGUAUUCACUUGCUUCACUCAUUCAUUCUUUCGACUGGAAAUUGCCUGAAGGAGAGACAGUAGAAGUGACAGAGAAUUUCGGUAUUGUUAUGAACAAGAAAAUGCCUUUGGUGGCUAUACCUACUCCAAGAUUGUCUAAUCCAAAACUGUAUGAGUAACAUAAAAAUGUGCUUGUAGAGAAUCGUGUUCUGUAUGAUGAUUCCCGUCUUUUUUUUUUAGAAAAUAAUGAUUCUGUCUUUUGUAUGAUGAAUUAUGGAAAUAAACAUCAAA